CCGCGGCGGCGACGAGAGCGACGGCGGUGGAGCCGGGCCGGACGGCAGGAAUGCGGAACCGGCGCGCGAGCUGAGCUGCCCAGGAUGGCGCAGGGGCGGCGGCGGCGGCGGGCGGCCUGCGCGGGGCCCUAGCGCGGCGGGGCGGACGCUCCCGGCCCCGGCAUCGCGGACGGGCGGGCGGGCGGGCGGCAUCGCGGCCAUGGCCAAGGAGCGGCGGAGGGCCGUGCUGGAGCUGCUGCAGCGGCCGGGGAACGCGCACUGCGCCGACUGCGGCGCCCCGGAUCCGGACUGGGCCUCCUACACCCUCGGAGUGUUCAUCUGCCUGAGCUGCUCGGGAAUCCACCGGAACAUCCCCCAGGUCAGCAAGGUGAAGUCUGUCCGCCUGGACACCUGGGAGGAGGCCCAAGUGGAGUUCAUGGCCUCCCGUGGGAACAGCGCUGCCAGAGCCGUGUUCGAGUCCCGGGUGCCUCCCUUCUACUACCGGCCCUCGGCCUCCGACUGCCAACUCCUGCGGGAGCAGUGGAUCCGCGCCAAGUACGAACGGCAGGAGUUCACCCACCCCGAGAGGCAGGAGCCCUACUCUGCAGGAUACCGAGAAGGCUUUCUCUGGAAGCGCGGCCGGGACAACGGGCAGUUUCUAAGCCGGAAGUUUGUGCUGACGGAACGUGAGGGGGCCCUGAAAUAUUUCAACAGAAGUGACGCCAAGGAGCCCAAGGCCGUCAUGAAGAUCGAGCACCUGAAUGCCACCUUCCAGCCGGCCAAGAUCGGCCACCCGCACGGCCUGCAGGUCACCUACCUGAAGGACAACAGCACCCGGAACAUCUUCGUCUACCACGAGGACGGGAAGGAGAUGGUGGACUGGUUCAACGCGCUCCGUGCCGCCCGCUUCCACUACCUGCAGGUGGCCUUCCCGGGGGCCAGCGACGCAGACCUGGUGCCGAAGCUCUCCAGGAACUACCUUCAGGAAGGCUACAUGGAGAAGACGGGGCCCAAGCAGACGGAAGGCUUCCGGAAGCGCUGGUUCACCAUGGACGACCGCAGGCUCAUGUACUUCAAAGACCCCCUGGACGCCUUCGCCCGCGGGGAGGUCUUCAUCGGCAGCAGGGAGAGCGGCUACACGGUGCUGGACGGGCUCCCGCCGUCCACCCAGGGCCACCACUGGCCGCACGGCAUCACGAUCGUCACGCCCGAGCGCCGGUUCCUGCUGGCCUGUGAGACGGAGCCGGAGCAGCGGGCCUGGAUGGAGGCCUUCCGCAAGGUGGUGGACAGGCCCAUGCUGCCGCAGGAGUACGCAGUGGAAGCCCACUUCAAGCAUAAACCCUAGCGAGGACGGUCCCCGAGGCCCAGGGCUCUGGACGUGCUGGACGUGGCCGGCAAGGAGGCGGCCGCAGGAGGAGGGAGCCGGCUGCACACCCCCCUCCCGCCCCGCCAGGCGGCCAGCGGGGGGCGGGCCUGAGCUCGGCCCCCAGGACCUGUUUCUCUGGAACCUCACUGUGGGCCUGACCGCGGACCCCGUCAUGCUGCUGCGCCCCGCCCCCCCACACUGGACCACCUUCCCCGAGCCCCCCCCCGCCACCGCACCCCUGAUCAGGGCCCACCCCUGACCAGGAGGCCGGGCUGGGGACAGAGCUGGCCUGCAUGCCUCUCCCCCUCGUGUCCCCCACCCUCCCUCUAACAAGUAUUUAUUGACCCUCGGCCGUGUCUGUGGUGGGGUCCUGGGGGCUGGCGUGGAGGACACAGGAGCCGCCCGCUGCGUGUGUGGGACCUGGGGUCAGACGCCUUCCCAGCUGGGGCCCCCAGGGCCUGUGGCUCAUGAGUCGCUGGCUUGGGACUCGGUGCUGGCCCGUGACCUGUGCCCUGCCGGCCCUCAGGUCUCUGGACCUCAGAGGGUGGAGGCCUGGACCCAGCUCACCCCCAGGGCCCAGCGAGCUGCUGGCCUGAGGUUGCAGGCACUGAGCCUCUCUCGGUGUGUGUGUUGGGGCGGGUGGCAGUGCAUGGGGAUCCUGUCCCCCCAGGAACCCAGCGUGUUGUUGGGCGGGGGGCACCUGCCCGCUUACCUGGGUCUCGUCCUGUCCGGCCCAGACAUCCCCAGGGAGAGGCCUUGACCAGCUACGGGACCAGAGGAGGGUCCCCCGAGCCAGGACAUCCCAUGUACCCCACAUCGCAUCCCAGAGGAAAGCGGGGGCUCUGGAUCCCCCAGGAGCAGGGUGCCUGAGGGCCUUUGCCCAGGUUGUGGGCCCAAUGCCCGGGGAGCUGCCCAGAUCCUGGGCGGGGCCCGCAGGGAUGAGGGGACCCCAACAGGCCACGGGGUCCCCAGGACGGUAGGGCCAGGGCUCAGGACCACCACAGGGUCACCCCGUUCUCCCCAAGACCUUCCUGCCCCGGGCAGGUGCCUCCAACCCCGGGGGGCGGCAGGCUCCCCCUGCCCUCCUGAACCAGGGCCACUGUCUCCCGGUGGAGGAAACCCAAGCCCCAGAGGCCGAGGGCCUGCCCUGGGUCAGGAGUGGAAGCGGAGGCCCGUGUCUCCCGCCCGCGCGGGGCGGCCCCACGCACUUCGGACAGGCCUCCGCUCGGCGCCGAGGGCGAGGCUGACCGAGCGUGUGCGUGUCCUCACGCUGUACCCACGAAGAGUCCGAGGAGGAACCAGACGGCCCGAGCCGCCACAGCAGUGGCGGGAGAACCUGACCGAAACGGGGCGUCGCAGGGACGCAGGCGAAUCAAACCCGAGACGGGGUGACGGGGCGCCUCCUCCCAGCCCCGCGCAGGCUGUGAGGCCACAGCAGGCCGCUGGCCGCAGAUGGGGUUGCUCCAGGUUUAAGACAAACACCGUAUGUUUACACCGAAAAUCCUGACACUCCCCCGACACCGGCUGCCCGCCCGCCCCCCCCCCCCCCAACACACUCUGGACAGACCUGGAAGACACGGGUCCCAGUGGCCACCGCGCAGCCCGGCCCACGGCCCCGGAGCUCACUCAGAAAGGACCAGUGCUGCCAAGCCCAGUAGAAAGGAUUUAUUUAAGCUCAACAAGUCUCACACCGUCCUUUAAAUUCCAUUUUUACAGUAAAUGAGAUUGUGUACGCGGUUCCUUCCCCAUGCAUGAUCAGCGGGUAUUAAUCUACAAGUCUCAUUUUAAUCGUGAAAAAAUAAAGUGUUUCCCCUUUUGUGA